AGCGAGCUAGCGCCCCGGCUGGCUGGCUAGCGUGCGUGCGUGCGUGCGCGCCUGCCUGCCUGCCGGAGUGGCUAAGGCGGGGGUCGGCCCGCGCUUGGGGCGCCUCUGCCACGGUCCCCAGUCGUGACUGGAGGCGGAAGUGUUGGGGGGGAACAAGAUUGAACGUCAUGGGCUCCCCCCACACGUCUCAGCGUGACCCGGGGACUUUCCCCAGCGUGUGCAAAAGCACGGGUGUCUCUCCCCCUCCCUUUCGCGAGACCCUGGGUGGGGACGGGCAAAGGAUGCACCGGCGUGUGGCGCGAGAGGGGGGACGAGGGCGCGGGGCAGGCGGCCACGGGCGGCGGGAGCCAGGGAGGGAGGUGGGCCGGGCGGGGCAUGGCGGGGGAAGUGACUCAGGCCCGAGGCCGGCGGGCCCGCGCGGGGAGGAGUUGGGGGGCACGGGGAACGGGCGACCCCGGGCGGACAGGUUGUAGGCUGGACGGGGCAAGGGUGUCAGCGCCCCCCUUCCCCGAAGCAUCCAGGGUGGAGCGCGGGGGCGGGUCCAACUGCGGGGCCCUGCGGGGCAGGGGUCUGACUUCGGGGUAGAUAGAGGGCCAUCCGCAUCCAGCCUUGAGGGAGUCGAGAGGACCCCCGGUGGCGUCCAGCGGUGCAAUCGGGAGGAGGGCGAGGGUGCUGCUCGGAGCCGCCACCGCCGCCGCCCGGGCGCCCGCGCUGCGGGCAGUGCCAGCCUCCCUGGGCCGACGCAGAAACUUGUUGCAACCAACAGGCGAGACCGCGGGUGCCCCUAGCCGCCAGCGGCGGAGUGGGUGGGCGGGCGAGAGGGAGGGGAAGGCUGGCGGACGCCGCCGCCGCGAACUGGUGGGCAGACCCGGAGUCGCCGCGUAAGCGGGGCCGGCUCAGUGCGGUGCGGCAGGCGCGGCUGUGCGGCAGCGGAAGUCCUUUGUUGCAGCGCAGUCCCUGGCAAGAGCCGGAGUGUCUCGGCGCAGCCCAGCCGAGCACCGCGCGCCGUCAACUGCAGCCCCGCGGCCCCUCGCCUCCGCCCGCCUUCUCCGCGGCCCCGCUGCCCUCAACUCCCCGAGACCUCCGCAGCCGCGCGUCCCACCGCGCCCGGUUUGAUCUAUAGAAGAUGGCGAAGCCCAGCCACAGCAGCUAUGUCCUGCAGCAGCUGAACAACCAGAGAGAGUGGGGCUUUCUCUGUGACUGCUGCAUUGCCAUUGACGACAUCUACUUCCAAGCACACAAAGCGGUCCUGGCUGCCUGCAGCUCCUACUUUCGGAUGUUUUUCAUGAACCAUCAGCACAGUACUGCACAACUGAACCUCAGCAACAUGAAAAUAAGUGCCGAGUGUUUUGAUCUCAUUUUGCAGUUCAUGUAUUUAGGAAAGAUUAUGACCGCUCCUUCCAGUUUUGAGCAGUUCAAAGUGGCAAUGAACUACCUCCAGCUGUACAAUGUUCCUGACUGCUUGGAAGACAUACAGGACUCAGACUGUUCUAGUUCAAAAUGUUCGUCUUCUGCUUCCAGCAAACAGAACAGCAAGAUGAUAUUUGGGGUAAGAAUGUAUGAAGACACAGUGACUAGAAAUGGCAGUGAAGCCAACAGGUGGUGUGCGGAGCCCAGUUCAACAGUGAAUACGCCGCAUAACAGAGAGCCUGAGGAAGAAUCUUUACAGUUGGCUAAUUUUCCUGAGCCACUGUUUGAUGUGUGUAAAAAAAGCUCUGUGUCCAAAUUAUCUACUCCAAAAGAACGUGUGUCACGACGCUUCGGACGGAGUUUUACCUGUGAUAGUUGUGGAUUUGGCUUCAGCUGUGAAAAAUUACUAGAUGAACAUGUGCUGACCUGUACCAACAGACACUCGUACCAGAACACGCCAAGAGCUUACCACCGGAUAGUAGAUAUUAGAGAUGGGAAAGAUAGUAACAUCAAAGCUGAACUUGGUGAAAAGGAUUCUUCUAAAACAUUUUCUGCACAGACAGACAAAUACAGAGAAGACGCCAGCCAGGCGCCUGAUGAUUCAGCUUCGACCACUGGAAGCAGAAAAAGCCCCGUGGAGUCUGGAAUCGCUGGGGAAGAAAAAAGCAGAGCUGCUGAGACAAAAAGAAUUAUCAUCAAGAUGGAGCCAGAAGACAUCCCUGCAGAUGACAUGAAAGACUUUAACAUUAUUAAAGUUACUGAGAAAGACUGCAACGAGUCCACUGACAAUGAUGAAUUAGAAGAUGAACCUGAAGAGCCGUUUUAUAGAUACUAUGUUGAGGAAGAGGUCGGCAUUAAGAAAAGUGGUAGGAAAACCCUAAAACCUCGGAUGUCCAUCAGUGUGGAUGAAAGAGGUGGGUUAGAGAACAUGAGACCCCCGAACACGACCAGUCCAAUACAGGAGGACGCAGAGAAUGCGUCUUGUGAGUUGUGUGGACUCACAAUAACUGAGGAGGACCUGUCGUCUCAUUACUUAGCCAAGCACAUUGAAAAUAUUUGUGCAUGUGGUAAAUGUGGACAGAUUCUCGUCAAGGGUAGACAGCUUCAGGAACACGCUCAGAGAUGUGGAGAGCCUCAGGAUCUGACCAUGAAUGGUCUAGGGAAUGCUGACGAGAAAAUGGACAUGGAAGAGAACCCUGAUGAGCAGUCUGAGAUAAGAGACAUGUUUGUUGAAAUGCUAGAUGAUUUCAGAGACAAUCAUUACCAAAUAAACAGUAUCCAGAAAAAGCAGUUAUUUAAACAUUCUGCUUGUCCUUUUCGAUGUCCUAAUUGUGGCCAGCGUUUUGAAACUGAAAAUUUAGUGGUUGAACAUAUGUCUAGCUGCCUAGACCAAGAUAUGUUCAAAGGUGCCAUCAUGGAAGAAAAUGAAAGAGAUCACAGAAGAAAACAUUUUUGUAAUCUGUGUGGAAAAGGAUUUUAUCAGCGCUGUCAUUUGAGAGAGCACUAUACUGUUCAUACUAAAGAAAAGCAGUUUGUUUGUCAGACAUGUGGAAAGCAGUUUUUAAGAGAGCGCCAGUUGCGUCUGCACAAUGAUAUGCACAAAGGCAUGGCCAGUGGUGCAGUAGGGCCUUCUAAGCCUCUGGAGAAGUGACAGAUCUGAAUUUGGAGAGGACAUGGGGAAGAAUCAUUCUUCAACAGAUAAUCUUUAAGUGCAGACCCAGGAAAUCAGAUCUGCCGUGGCACCAUCUUUUCUGUCUUCCUGACAAACGUCAUCAUCCCCCAAGUUCCUGUUGCAAAGAUCCAAGGAAACUCAAUAAAGAUCACUUUGAAAUCACUUUGUUGUAACAAAACUGAUUCACGGUGACUCUCCCAGUCCUUACGGGAAAUCUGCUAAAGAAAAGUGACUGGAAAAGUCAGGUGACAUCAAUAAUUAAAGCUACAGUAAAAUGAAACUUUAUGUCAUGUAUCUUCAUGGAUCUAGAAUAAUAGGGCCUGCUAGACUACUUACAUACAUUAUAAAGGGAGAUAAUUAUGUAUUUCCAUAAAUAUAUCAUUCUAAAAGUAACCAGAAUUAUAGCUUAUAUAUUAUGACAUAUAGUUAAGCAAUUUAAAAUGAUACUAAAAACAUCUGUAGAGUGUAAGUAAAAAGAGAUGGGUACUAAGAGAGAAAAUCCAAGACCAGUUCUUUAACAAGAUAAUGUAGCUCUUAUGGAAAUGUAACACUAGUUUUCCUUUCUCACUGGGUGCCAGUCACACACUUGCUUGUGAAUGUUAGCAAAGCUUCUUUCUAAGUCUCUUGAACAGAGGAUUAUUAGUAGUCAGCAGUGAUAGAUUUUCACAAAUCAUACAUUAUUUUCUUCCAAACUUACCACUACGACCCCAUAGUGUAGAAUAAAUUUCUGUUAAUCUCAGAACUAGUAUGUAGUGCAAUGCUCUUCUUCAAAUCUCAACAUAAAACUAAGUACUAAGUGAAAUGGUAACAUGUUUAUAAAAAUCCUGUCCUGAAGAAAGGAUUUAGUGAGAGCUGGGUACAAGUGCUCUGCUACACAUACACUCCUUAACCAUAUGAAUCUUAUGACCAGAUUAUUUCCUUAUUGUGAAUAUACUUUCUUUUACUUUUCGUUAACUAUGUGACUAAUUACUUAUUGCUUUGUUUUUGUGUAUGUGUAAUAUCAAGUGUUUAAAUGCUUACUUUGUUUUCAUGCAAAAUUCUUCAAAUAUUUUCAUAAGUUACCCAAAGAAACCUGUCUUAGGAAAUGAAAAGUGUAAUAGCACACAGCUUUAAUCCCAGUAAUUGGGAGGCAGAGGCAGUCUGAUCUCUGUAAAUUCAUGGCCAGCCUGGUCUACAUAAUAAGUUCUAGGCUAGCCAAGGCUAUAUAAUGAGACCUUAUCUUAAAAAAAAUUUUUUUUAUUAAAAAAAGAAGAAAAUCCUAACUCUGAGGUAGUAAGAACUUGAAUACUGUUCUAGAAAUUUUGGCUGAAAAAACAGAGAGAGUCCACCAUCAUAGGAUAAUAGGAAGAGAGAAGAAAAGAGAGGAAAGAAGAGAAAUUCCCCAAAGAACAAAGCCAGAGGCCAUGCAUAGUGACAUUUGCCUGUAGUCCUAGCACCUGGGUGGUGGGAGGGUCAAGAAAAGUUCAGAGUCAGCCUGGGCUACAGAGUAAAUUCAAAGCCAGCCUGGGCUACCUGAGACUCUAUCACAAACAUUUUCCAAAUAUAUGACUGCUUUAAGACAGAAAGGCUAGACAAGUGUUAGUUUAGACACCAGAGUUAGUCUCUUUAGGGAACAUAAGGAAGCAUAUAGAAUGCAGGCUUCCUAAAAUACAUAGAAAAUAGAAAAAUUUCCCAGUAAUUAAACCAGUCAAGAUAGAAAUGAUUCAACAAAUAAUUUUUGAUUAUGUUUUUAUAACACUAGAUUUACUAAAGAAAAUGGUUUGGAUUUUGACUGUACUAACCACACGUGUAAUGAAUUACAAUAAUCAUAAGUGGCACAAGUGCAUAUUAUAAUGUGAUUAUUUUCUGUAUGUUGUUUUAAAUGGGAUUUGGGGAUUACAUACAGUUAUUUUUGUUACAUUUUAAAAUCCAUUGCUUUUACCUAAUAAAAGUUCUUCCUCUUCAUUCAGAA